GUACUAUAGAGGAGUGCAGUGCAUUGCCGUGCUGUGGAAAACCCACUCUUUCUGUCUCUUACCUUUGUUUUUACAGUUUUGAUUAAGAUCGCCCUAAAGCAAAUAUAAUGGAAUCCAACGAAUUUGAACAUCUCUUUCUUCUUUGAACUGUCCCAAAGAUCCUUCUUUUUCAUCGUUUCUGGAUACCCAACGCUCUCGACUUGUUUCAGCUUCCAGUUAUUUUUAAAGUUUUCAAGCUCCAACUUCUGCUUAUGAAGUUUGGGUUUUUAAUGGACCUUUCAUUUGAAGUUGCAAAAAUGGAGAUGGGUUCGGCGUUUUAUGUUGUUUAAUUGUUUGUAGUGAGAGAAACCACUUGUUUCUUUGGUUAAAAAUAAGAGUGUUUUCUGUGUGAUUUUAAAGCGAGAUGGUGUUUUUGCUGCUUUGUUCAAUGGGGCCACCGAUCAAACGAAGGGCUGGAUUGAGAAUAAAACAGGCGGGUCGAGGAUCAUACCGUGGCAGCUAGAGGAGGGCUAAAAUUGAGUGAUUUAAGUGUGGUGUGAGUAUUUGGUUUUAGAGUGCAACAGAAAUCUGUGGUUUUUUCUUUUAGUUGAAGAACAAUGGCGAAUUCUUCUUUAAGGCAGUUUUUGAAGAGUUUUUGCACCAAUUCACCUUGGAAAUAUGCUGUGCUUUGGAAGCUUAGGCACAGGAGCCCCUUGGUUUUGACCUGGGAGGAUGGGUAUUGUGUAUAUCCAAUACCAAGAGAAUCUGUGGAAAAUAUCUCAACUGAUGUUUAUCCCAACAGUGAGAUUAUCCCAUCACACUUUGAAAUGAACAUCCCUCAUGGUCGUUUUGGAGGAUACCCAAUUGGCCUGUUGGUGGCUCGUAUGUCGCAUCUUAAGUAUGCAUGGGGAGAGGGGUUUGUUGGUAAAGUAGCAUAUACGGGGAAGCAUUGCUGGAUUUCCUAUGACAAUAUUUUCACUGGCAAAGCUGACUUGAAGUUAGCUCCUGAGUGGCCGGAGGAAUGGUUACUUCAGUUUGCAUCAGGAAUCAAGACAAUUGUGCUGGUAUCUGUGCUUCAACAUGGAGUUCUGCAGCUUGGUUCGUCGGAGAUGGUUGCUGAAGAUUUGUCUAUUCCUGCUUACAUCAAAGAUAAAUUUGCCUGCAAGAACAUUCACACCCAGUUAACAUAUUCAGUAAUUUUAAGUCCGUUCGAGAAGUUAGAAGUCUCUUCAAGUGAAUUAAUCAGCCCGCUGAACUCUGAAGAUUCAAAGGCUGUUGACAGUGUUGAGCCCAACAAGCUGUUAGCUUUAGAUCAGAUUGUUCCGCUGUUAAGUUUUCCGAAUGAACUACUGGUGCCUGAAAUACAUUUACCGGAGACUCUAGAAAAUGCCAGUGACAGUAGGAUUAGAGUCCAACCAGUUAGCCUUUGUGAAUUACCAUCGCCGCUAAGCCAAUCUGUAAGUGUCGACCAGCUUGCAAUAACCGAGAGUGAACUGUUCGGUUUGUAUUGCCUUAAGGAGGAAUUGCAAGCUUAUCCUGAAUGUAAUGUUUACAGAGCCGGAGAGUGUGGAGAAAUCUUAGAUGAAGUUACAAACUCUUACCCUGCUUGCUAUUUUCUCGAACCAUCUUUUGGAGACUAUGAGAUUGAUAAUGCCGGUUUCCUUAAUUUUCCCAAAGAACGUGAAUUGCACAAAGCACUUGGACCAGUUUUUGAAAGACAGGGAAAUCAAUAUUUGUUGGAGUCAUCGUUUUUGAGUGAGGAUGCAUUUAGAGAUGACAUUGAUGCAAAAGGAGGCGAUGCAGGCUAUCUGUUGCAAGCUGUGGUUGGCCAUGUAUAUGAUGGCUCUGUUGAUAUUGCUAAUAAAUCCACUAGCAUAAUGACAUCUACCGGACAACUUCCGGUGCCCUCUAGACCUCAAAGUGUAAAGACUGAUUCAUAUUCAUCAAGCAGACUCAUGUCUGCAGUUACUGGUGGGGUGAAAAGCAAUCCUUGUUCUAAAAUUUCAGCUUCUUUCAAGAGUUCAGUAAGAACGAUAACUGAUUAUGAGAAUCCGGCAAAUGAUGACCAUUACACACAAUCUAGAAAAGGGAAAAAACAGUCCACUGUCAGAAAGAAAAGGGCUAGACCUGGCGAUAACCCAAGGCCAAGGGAUAGACAGAUGAUACAGGAACGGCUUAAGGAGCUUCGAGAACUUGUUCCAAAUGGUCCUAAGUAUAGCAUUGAUGCUCUUCUGGACCAAACCGUUAAACACAUGUUGUAUUUGAGGAGUGUGACCAAACAAGCUGAGAAAUUGAGGCAAUGGGUGGAUCGUGAGGUAUCUGAUCUCAAGAAUAUGAGGUUGUCUGUAACCAAAGAUGGUUACCAAAACGGAACAAGCUGGGCUUUUGAGAUUGGAGAUGAAAGGAAAGUAUGUCCCAUCGUUGUUAAAGAUCUUGCUUAUCCAGGCCACUUACUCAUAGAGAUGAUUUGUAAUGAGCAUGGUCUGUUUCUAGAUAUUGCUCAGGUGAUCCAAAGCUUUAACUUAACAAUCUUAAAGGGUGUUAUGGGGAGCUGUUCAAACAAUACAUGGGCUCAUUUCAUUGUUGAGGCUUCUAGUGGCUUCCACAGACUGGAUAUUUUCUGGCCUUUGAUGAAGCUUUUACAGCGUCAAAGAAAUCCUAUCUCGAGGAAUAUUUAAUGGUGAAAAACCAUCUAUAGGAACCUCUGGAGUGUAGCGAUCGAUCAUAUCACUAAGACCAAGCUGCAUGCGAAAAGUUCAACAUUUGUGCACGGCAUGUCUGGUAGCUCGGUGGAUAACCAACCCGAGCAACAGUGUAGGCUUUCUUGUGGCCAUCGGGUGUAUAUAUGACCUAUGACUAUGGUAAGCCCUUGUUCAGAGCUUAAGUUGAUCUCUAGGAUGUGAAUUAUUUGUGUUGUCUUCUUUGUUGUUUCUCUAAUCUACUCCGAGUACUGUUUGUUGUUGCUAAGUCACGAGUUCGUGCUUUGUUGAAAGAAUAAAUUACAGUUCCUCUCUCAGCUUUGCUUAAUCUUAUAUUUAUCUUCAA